AUGUACGGCGUAUCUGCCCUUGGUUCCGGAGGAGUGAAACAAAAUGCCUCGAAUAUUAUCGAAGUUUCGUCGCCACCGGACGACACAAUUUCUAGCAUGGAAUUUAGCCCCAGCUCUGUACCGACGACGUUUCUUGCUGCCGGUUGCUGGGACUCAAACGUGCGGCUCUGGGAAGUUCAGAAGUCCGGCGUGACCGUCCCGAAAGACAUGAAGAAUAGCGGAGCUCCGAUUUUAGAUGUGUGCUGGUCAGAUGAUGGAACGAAAGUGUUCACCGCUUCCUGUGACAAGACGGUCAAGGGCUGGGAUCUCAGUUCAAACCAGUAUGUGACUAUUGGACAACACGAUGCUCCGAUUCGUUCAGUUCAUUGGGUGAAAGCGCCGAAUUAUACCUGUCUGAUGACCGGCGGUUGGGACCGAAAUUUGAAGUUUUGGGACACGAGAAGCCCGAAUCCCAUGUUGACCAUUCAGCUGCCUGAGCGAUGUUACUGCGCAGACGUCAAAUAUCCAAUGGGCAUCGUCAGUACGGCGCAACGUGGCAUUAUCAUCUACCAGUUGGACGGUACACCACGAGAAUACAAGAAAGUGGAGUCACCGCUCAAGUACCAGCAUAGAGCUGUGGCUAUUUUCGCUGACAAGAACAAAGGCGAUCCGGUGGGCUUCGCAUUGGGAUCCGUAGAAGGCCGCGUUGCCGUUCAAUAUGUAUCGCCGACGAAUCCGAAAGACAAUUUUACCUUCAAGUGCCAUCGUUCCACGGAGAUCGUCAAUGGAUCGCAAGACAUUUAUGCGGUAAACGAUAUUGCGUUCCAUCCCAUCCACGGAACUCUGGCCACCGUCGGGUCAGAUGGGCGUUAUAGCUUUUGGGACAAGGACCAGCGGACGAAGCUCAAGACGUCUGACCAGAUGGAGCAAUCCAUCACCAAGUGCGCCUUCGACGCGUCUGGCCAAAUUUUUGCGUACGCCGUUGGAUACGAUUGGUCCAAGGGUCAUGAGCACGUGGACCCCUCCAAGAAACCUAAAAUAUUUCUCCAAUCCUGCUUUGAUGACAUGAAACAGCGGCCCAAGGCCUGA